CCGCAGCCCCGCCCGGCCGCGGCUCCGGCGGGCGCAGAGCGCCGCGAGCAGCCAUGAUGGAAGGCUCGGACGACGGCCCAGAUUUCCUCUCGGAGGAGGACCGAGGUCUAAGAGCAAUAAAUGUAGAUCUCCAGACUGAUGCUGCUCUGCAAGUGGAUAUCUCAGAUGCACUGAGUGAGAGGGAUAAAGUGAAAUUCACAGUCCAUACAAAGAGUUCCUUACCAAAUUUCAAACAAAACGAAUUUUCUGUUGUCCGGCAACACGAAGAGUUUAUUUGGCUUCAUGACUCUUUUGUUGAGAACGAGGACUAUGCUGGCUAUAUUAUUCCACCAGCACCACCCAGGCCUGACUUUGAUGCCUCCAGGGAGAAACUGCAGAAACUUGGAGAGGGGGAAGGAUCAAUGACUAAAGAAGAAUUCACCAAGAUGAAACAAGAACUGGAAGCUGAAUAUUUGGCAAUAUUCAAGAAGACAGUUGCAAUGCAUGAAGUGUUUUUGUGUCGCGUGGCAGCACAUCCUAUUUUGAGAAAGGACUUAAAUUUCCAUGUAUUCUUGGAAUAUAAUCAGGAUUUGAGUGUUCGUGGGAAAAAUAAGAAAGAGAAACUUGAAGACUUCUUCAAAAAUAUGGUUAAAUCAGCAGAUGGUGUCAUUGUUUCAGGAGUAAAGGAUGUGGAUGACUUCUUUGAACAUGAGAGAACAUUCCUUGUAGAAUAUCACAACCGAGUCAAAGAUGCCUCUGCCAAAUCUGAUAAAAUGACAAGAUCACAUAAAAAUGUGGCGGAUGACUACAAUAGAAUUGGUUCUUCGUUAUACGCAUUAGGAACGCAGGACUCCACAGAUAUAUGCAAGUUUUUUCUGAAGGUGUCAGAGUUAUUUGACAAAACAAGGAAAAUAGAGGCUCGAGUAUCUGCUGAUGAAGAUCUUAAGCUUUCUGAUCUUCUGAAAUAUUACCUUAGGGAAUCUCAAGCUGCUAAGGAUCUCCUAUAUAGAAGAUCUAGGUCACUAGUGGAUUAUGAAAAUGCUAAUAAGGCAUUGGAUAAAGCAAGAGCAAAAAAUAAAGAUGUGCUGCAAGCUGAAACUACUCAGCAAAUAUGCUGUCAGAAGUUUGAGAAAAUUUCUGAAUCAGCAAAACAAGAACUGAUAGACUUUAAGACAAGAAGAGUUGCAGCAUUCAGAAAAAAUCUGGUGGAACUAGCAGAACUGGAAUUAAAGCAUGCUAAGGGUAACUUACAGCUUCUGCAGAGCUGCCUGGCAGUGUUAAAUGGUGACACAUAAGCUACGGUCCGUCCUCCCACUAACAAGGGCUGCCCUCCUCUGGAUUUUGUUUUCAUGACUUUAAAUAGGCAUUUACAAUUCCCUGGAGAAAACAUUUGACAAAGUGCACAUAAGCAAGCUUCUUCUUUCAAAAGAAUUAAACAUGUGAAAGUAGCUCCAGACUAUAUGAACAGCAUACUUGUUAUACAUACAUAUUCAUGUUUAUUUAAUCAUUAUACGCUUUCAUUGUUCAGAAACCAAAUGCUCGGGUUUUGUGAAAAUAGCCAAUAUAAUAAUGUUCAUGUUAUGAAUACUAUGAUACGGCUGCAAUCUUAUUUACCUUUGUAAGUAAUUUCUGAAGAUCACCAUAUGAGGCACAUUGUUCAAAUGGCCUAAAUAUUACCAUUAGAUAUUUGAAUAUUGUUACUAUAAUGGCAUUGUAUACACUGUCUUAGUUUUUUUUCCAUGUACUUAUAUCAAAAAACUUAUCUUUUUUUCAAUUGUGAACAUUUCUUAGAAAUUUUGGAGAACUUUGUGUAACCUUUAUAACUAUGAUUUAAAAAGAAAAGCAGAUGCAUUAGUAUGUUUGCCUUAACUUGUAGACUAAUCCAAUUAUUGUAAAAUAAACCAUGAAAUCAGUGAUUUUUCUAAAA